AUGAAGACCCCAGCCCCUGGCCGCGCCUGCGGCAUCGUGCUGGUCCUGCUCUCGCUGGCCACCCUCCAGACCCUCAGGGCCCAAAAGAAUGACAUCGACAUCUACAGCCUCACUGUAGACUCCAAGGUCUCAUCCCGAUUUGCCCACACAGUCGUCACCAGCCGGGUGGUCAACAAGGCCAGUACUUUGCAGGAGAUCACCUUCCAGAUGGAGCUGCCCAAGAAAGCCUUCAUCACCAACUUCUCCAUGAUCAUUGAUGGUGUGACCUAUCCCGGUAACAUCAAGGAGAAGGCUGCAGCCCAGGAGCAAUACAGCGCGGCUGUGGCGAGGGGAGAGAGCGCCGGCCUCGUCAAGGCCACUGGGAGAAAGACAGAGCAGUUCCAGGUGUCAGUCAGUGUGGCGCCCGCUGCCAAGGUCACCUUCGAGCUGGUGUAUGAGGAGCUCCUGGUGCGGCAUCUGGGAGCAUACGAGCUGCUGCUGAAAGUCCAGCCCCAGCAGCCGGUCAAGCACCUGCAGAUGGACAUUUACAUCUUCGAGCCUCAGGGCAUCAGCUUUCUGGAGACAGAGAGCACCUUCAUGACCAAUGAACUGGCAGAGGCCCUCACCACCUCACAGAACAAGACCAAGGCUCAUGUCCGAUUCAAGCCGAUGCUGUCCCAGCAGCAGAAGUCUCCAGAGCAGCAGCAGGACACAGUCCUGGAUGGCAACUUCAUCGUCCGCUAUGAUGUGGACCGGACUGUCUCCGGGGGUUCCAUUCAGAUCGAGAAUGGCUACUUUGUGCACUACUUUGCCCCUGAGCACCUGGCCACAAUACCCAAGAACGUGAUCUUUGUCAUUGACAAGAGCGGCUCCAUGAGCGGCAGGAAAAUCCAGCAGACCCGGGAAGCCCUCAUCAAGAUCCUGGGUGACCUUGGUCCCCGUGACCAGUUCAACCUCAUCAGCUUCAGUGGGGAAGCAACCCCGUGGAAGCCACAGCUAGUGCCAGCCUCGGCUGAGAACGUGAAUGAGGCCAAGAGCUACGCCACUGGCAUCCAGGCCCAGGGAGGGACCAAUAUAAACGAUGCGAUACUGAUGGCCGUGCAGCUGCUAGAGAGAGCCAACCAGGAGGAGCUGCUGCCCGCAGGAAGCGUCACCCUCAUCAUCCUCCUCACCGACGGCGACCCCACUGCGGGGGAAACCAACCCCUCAAGGAUCCAGAAGAACGUUCAGGAAGCCAUAGAUGGCCAGCACAGCCUCUUCUGCCUGGGCUUCGGCUUCGACGUCAGCUACGCCUUCCUGGAGAAGCUGGCACUGGACAACGGUGGCCUGGCCCGGCGCAUCUAUGAGGACUCGGACUCCGCACUGCAGCUCCAGGACUUCUACCAAGAGGUGGCCAACCCACUGAUGACAUCGGUGGCCUUCGAGUACCCAAGCAACGCCGUGGAGGCGGUCACACAGGAUGCCUUCCGGCUGUUCUUCAAGGGCUCCGAGUUGGUGGUGGCCGGGAAGCUCCGGGACCAGAGCCCUGAUGUGCUCUCAGCCAAAGUCAGGGGGCAGCUGCACAUGGAGAACAUCACCUUUGUAACGGAGUCCCGCGUGGCAGAGCAGGAGGAGGCGUUCUGGAGCCCCAGAUACAUCUUCCACAGCUUCAUGGAGAGACUGUGGGCGUACCUGACCAUCCAGCAACUGCUGGAGCAAACAGUCUCCACGCUAGAUGCUGAGAAGCAGGCUCUUGAGGCCCGAGCUCUGAACUUGUCGCUCAGCUACAGUUUUGUCACCCCGCUCACGUCCAUGGUGAUCACCAAACCCGAAGGUCAAGAGCAGUCUCAGGUUGCUGAGAAGCCCGUGGAAAAUGAAGACAGACACAGGCACGUCCACUCAGCUCACACUUUCUUCAGAUAUCAUUCCGUGAGAGACAGAGCGUCCAGAAUAACAGGAAGCAGCAGUGCAGACCCUGUCUUUUCUAAAAGAAGAGGCUGGAGAGGACAAGUGUUCCUGGCUGUUCCUGCACUAAUGCCUGCGUCAGGGCCAUCAGCUACCACAUUUCUUGAUGAAGUGUCUCAUGACAUGGACUUAAGAAUCAAAGGUACCUCCAGAACCACACCUGCUGUCCCAGCCCCCAUCCAGGCUCCUUCCGUCAUCCUGCCACUGCCUGGGCAGAGCGUGGACUGGCUCUGUGUGGACCUCAAGCGCUCUCAGGGACCGACAAACCUGCUCUCAGACCCUGGCCAAGGGAUUGAGGUGACUGGCCACUAUGAGACAGAGAAGGCCCACUUCUCGUGGAUUGAGGUGACCUUCAAGAAACCCGAGCUGCAGGUUCGUGCAUCCCCUGAGCACGUGGUAGUGACUCGGAACCGAAGAAGCUCUGCAUACAAGUGGAAGAAAACCCUGUACUCGGUGAUGCCAGGUCUCAAGAUGACCAUGGACAAGGCGGGGCUUCUGCUGCUCAGCAACCCUGACAGAGUGACCAUCGGCCUGCUGUCCUGGGACGGCCCUGGGAAGGGGCUCCGGCUCCUUCUGCGGGACACUGACCGCUUCUCCAGCCACGUCAGUGGGACCCUUGGCCAGUUUUACCAGGACGUGCUCUGGGAGCCCCUGGCAGCAGCAGAUGACAGCAAGCGAACACUGAAGGUCCAGGGCCAUGACCACUCUGCCACCAGAGAGCUCAAGCUGGAUUACCAAGAGGGGCCCCCGGGAACAGAGAUUUCCUGCUGGUCUGUGGAGCUGUAG